UUUUUAUUUCAUCGUAUCUAGAGGCUAUAGUCAAAAUAAUGGGAUGGAUAUGUGAUGGAGCAGGGAAUAAUAUAAUCCAGGGAUAUUGGACGCGUGGAACAAACGUGUACACCCGAAGAAGCCCGACAUCUAACUCCCUCCAACCAUUCAAUAUCCAGAACCCCACAGAUUCUAACUUGAAAGAACAAAAUACUAGUUGAUGAGUUGCAUUAAUUAUUUUUAGAGUUCAUGAGACAUGGAUGCCGCAAAAUUAAAUCUGGUUUUUAACUUGUUCUUCAUUUUUCAGUUAAAAUUUGUAGUUUUUGCAGCUGUGGGUGGUGGUGGAUAUAGCAGAAGUGACUUCCCACCGGGCUUUGUUUUCGGUGCAUCAACUUCAGCCUAUCAGUAUGAAGGUGCGGCUGAUAAAGAUGGUAGGACGCCUAGCAUAUGGGAUACUUUUGUCCAUGCUGAAGGGAAUUUUAACGAAGGCAAUGGAGACGUAGCUUGUGAUGGGUAUCACAAGUACAAGGAAGAUGUUAGACUCAUGGUAGAUACAGGCUUGGAAGCCUACAGAUUUUCCAUUUCAUGGUCAAGGCUCAUCCCCAAUGGAAGAGGACCUGUCAAUGUAAAGGGCUUGCAAUAUUACAACAAUCUUAUUAAUGAACUAAUCAAAAAUGGAAUCGAACCACAUGCUACGUUACAUCAUUACGAUCUGCCACAGACACUCGAAGAUGAGUAUGGAGGAUGGCUUAAUCGGGAAAUUGUGAAAGAUUUUACAGCAUAUGCAGACAUAUGCUUCAGAGAGUUUGGAGAUAGGGUUUUGUAUUGGACUACCGUAAACGAGGCCAAUGUGUUCGUUUUAGGAGGCUAUGACCUUGGAUUUGUGCCUCCUCAGCGAUGCUCUGCCCCUUCUCCGUUCAAUUGUUCCAAAGGCAACUCAUCAACCGAGCCAUAUCUGGCAGCUCAUAAUAUCUUAUUAGCACAUGCAGCCGUGGCAAAUUUAUACAAGAAAAAAUACCAGAAAAAAUUAAUGCAGGAAAAGCAACAUGGACUUGUAGGGUUUAACCUCUUCAAUUAUUGGUUUGUUCCUUUAACAAACACAACUGAAGAUAUAAUUGCUGUUCAAAGGGCCAAUGAUUUCUAUUUUGGUUGGUUUAUGCAUCCCCUGGUAUAUGGGGACUAUCCUAGGUCAAUGAAGGAGAAUGCCGGUUCAAGGUUGCCUGCCUUCACCAGUUCUGAAUCCAAGCAGGUCAAAGGGUCAUUUGAUUUCAUUGGGCUUAACUUUUACAACGCGAUGUCUGUUAAGGACCAGCCUAGCAGUUUAGAAAUGGAGCACAGAGACCCUGCAGCGGAUAUGGCGAUAGAACUAAUUCCUUUCCCACAUAAUGCAUCAAAAUUCGAGUUCUCUGUUACACCUUGGGCCCUCAAAGGGUUACUAGAGUAUGUCAAGGAAGCUUAUGGAAACACUCCUAUCUAUAUCCAUGAAAAUGGUCAAAGGACGCGACAGAAUUCUACAUUGGAAGACUGGCCAAGGGUGAAGUCUUUGAAUGCAUAUAUUGGAAGUGUGCUUGAUGCCAUAAGGAACGGGUCGAAUACGAGAGGAUAUUUCACAUGGUCCUUCAUGGAUCUAUUUGAAUUAUUGGAUGGCUAUGAAUCAAGUUAUGGUCUAUAUUAUGUAGACUUGGAGGACCCAAGUUUGAGAAGGGUCCCUAAGCUUUCUGCUAAAUGGUAUUCUGAGUUUUUGAAGGGUAAAUACGUGGAUUUUAGUGAAGUGAUUCAGCUUCAAGAUGCAUCUUUUUCUGAUGCUCAACUCUCAGAUUAAUUUGUAAUUUGUAUCUCUUUACAGUAACUGCUUGUUUAGUUUUGUAUUAUGCUUGCUUUACGGCUCUGUAAUUUCUGCCUUUUUUUGUGAACAAAAACACAACUUCAUGAGGCUACCAUUUUAUGCA